UCCCCGGGAGGAGCACGGUGCUGAGUGUCAGUCGGUGCGGUAGUAGAGCGCGCACUCUGAGGUGAGCUCCCCUCAUACUUAUGUACAGCGCCCCUGAAUGGAGAGGCCGGGGCUGUGCGGGGACCAUAUCGUUUUCCUAUGAGACUCAGACUGCUGGGAACUUCUUGGGUGAAGUGGAGAGUAAUGGCCGGGGUCAGAGGUGCCUGCUGGAGCCAUCCGGGGACCGGACUGCUGCCCCUGCUGGGACUAUGGCUCACAGCCCCUGCCCUGCUGCUGGCGGAGACCCUGGGGAAUGGAUGUGGACACAUUGUCAGUAAUAAUGAAAGUGGAACGAUAACGUCUAAGAACUAUCCUGGCACCUAUCCAAACCACACACAGUGUUCAGUAACUAUUCGAGUACCCCCGGGUAAAAGUCUGUACUUGAAGCUGGCAGACCUGGAUAUAGAAUCCCAAGUCUGUGAAUCUGCAUUUCUUAAAAUCUACAAGGGAUCAGAUGAGGAAGUUGCUAGUUAUUGUGGAGGCCAGAAUACUGAAUCUAAAGAGCUGUACCUGGACACCAACGAAGCAAGGAUCCGCUUUGAGAGCAGGCUGCACGUGUCUGGACGUGGAUUUUUAAUCAACUUUGCCAGCAGCGAUCAUCCAGAUUUGAUCACCUGCUUAGCCCGAUCCACCCACUAUAAGGAGACUGCGUACAGCAGGUUCUGUCCAGCCGGCUGUAGAGAUAUUGAAGGGGAUAUAUCCGGGGAUGUGCAAGAAGGAUAUAGAGAUACUUCUUUACUUUGCAAAGCAGCAAUUCAUGCAGGAGUUAUUGCGGAUGAACUUGGCGGUCAGAUUCAUCUCACCCAUUACAAAGGUGCAAGUCGAUACACAGGUGUCCUGGCCAAUGGGAUAUUUUCAAAAGACGGCUCACUUUCAGAUCGCAGAUUUGUGUUUAGCAGCCUUGAUUGCAGCACUUCUCUUACUGGAAACCAUGGAGGAGACACAUUUACGGCUACAUCAUCCUGGAAGUCGAGCAGCAACACUGGAGAAAUGUUUCUUUGGUCUCCUGAAAGGGCAAACCUAAACGCUUCAGGCAUAUCAUGGGCAUCAAGUCAUCAGUCUGACCGGGAAUGGCUAGAGAUUGAUUUAGGAGACAAAAGAAAAAUAACAGGUAUUGUAACCACGGGAUCCACAUUGCCAAACUUUAACUUUUACGUGAAAUCUUAUAUCAUCAGCUUUAAAAGGGAUGGAUCGAAGUGGCGGAGUUACAAAGGAGCACUGAGCAGUGAAGAAAAGGUUUUGGAGGGCAACUCAAACUCUCAGGAUUCUACUCGUAACAACUUUAUUCCUCCAGUUGUGGCUCGGGUUGUUCGCAUAAUACCACGGACUUGGAACCAAAGGAUAGCUCUAAAGGUGGAGCUCAUGGGAUGUGCACUUGCACAAACUCAUAACUCAUCUACUCAUCCCAUGUGGAAGAAGCCAAAUGAGAAAAAUCGAAAAAAUGUGAUAAAAGAAGAAAAGAACAUCACUGAACCUGUCCCAUCAGAAGAAAAUGAUUUGGGGUGGAAACUGAUAGCAAUUUUUAUUACACUGGCAUUGGUUGUGUGUAUGUUCAUCACUGUCAUCUGCAUAUGCAUAUUAAGAAGGAAACGAUUGAAAACAGACACGUAUAAGACUGAAGAUCAAAAUGGAGGGUGCUGGAAGCAACUUGAACAGCCAUUUAUGAGGCAGCAGUCCACAGAGUUUACUAUCAGUUACACCAGUGACAAGGAUAUUUUGCAGAAGUUUGACCUUGUCAAGUGUGACACAGAAGAUUAUGACCAAUCCCUAAUGAUUGGCACCGGCACUGUCACAAGGAAAGGCUCAACUUUCAAGCCAAUGGACACAGACAAUAAAGACACAUUUGGUGGGCAGGAUACAGAAAACCACUAUGACUGCCCUCUACGGACCAAUGAGUAUGCACUACCUCUCACUUAUCCUGAGCCGGAGUAUGCCACCCCUAUCAUUGAGCGUCACAUAAUGAAGGACCACACCUUCUCACCAGACUCUGGUUACAAUGUCCCUGUAGUAUCUCUGGACCGCAAACAUUCAUUCUCUGCUGUCAGCUUUUCCAUUUCUUCCAGUGCGGAGAACAGUGGAGAAGACUACCAGACACCUCAUAGCAUACACAUAGAAGAGUGUGACUACGACAGGCCUAAAGUGCACAGUACGUGGGCUGUGGUGGACAAUGGGGACUAUCAGAAGCCACAGUUCUGCAGUUUAGUGGCCGAUGGCUACUCUUCACCAAGGGACUGUUUGAAGCCCAUAAAUCAGACUGCAAUAACUGCCCUCUUAUGACUAGCGCCUGAGAACUAUUCAUAUCGAGAGCCCCAUACAUGAAUGUUACUGCACAGCUGCUGAAGAGAGACGCUGUUUACAUGGAUGUUCUUGGAUUUUUAUAGUGAAGUUUAGGAUAAAAGCUGCAUGGAGGGAAGGUUUUGCCCACAGUACCUGCAGCCCUGGUUAUUGUGAAAUAUGUGCAAUGUGUACAGAAGAUAUUUAAGAGAGACUUGACCGCUUUUAUACCGAGCUUUUACACAGACUCGAUGUUGUACUUGAUCUGCAUGUAGUCGUGUUCCCCAGGCAUUACUACACUUGACUUCACUGGUGCUUUAUUAUUGUUCUUCUUUUUUUUUUUUUUUUUAUGAACGCUGUGAAUGUUUAACAUGUAACUCACUUUAAUUUAUAAUGCCUGUAAAGCAGGAUCUGACGGACAGUGUUAACCCAUUGUACCUUGUCAUUGCACAGUGAUCUGUGAGAUAACUGCCUCUAUGUGUCACCAAAAUGCAAAGCAGUGGCGCUCCAAUGUGAAAAGCACCACCGUACAAUGGAAAGGGAAAUUAUUAAAACCACUUACCGUAUGGGGGUUGUGUAGCCACAUGCGCAACAUAUAUAUUGUAUAUUAGCAGAGGGGUUCAGUCCGCAGCCUUCCUGCAUGUGAAUAGAGCAAUCGGGGAAACUUCAGUCGAGGGACGGGGAUCAGGAAUUUAAACAGUGCCGACCAGGAAUAGGA